AUGCCCUCGUUCGAUCACAUUGACGCUCCGAAGAAGGGCAAGCCGAUCAAGUCAGCCUUCGAUAGCGAGAGCUUCGAUUCCGAUGGCACCAUACACGUCGAGGGGCUUGUAGGCUCUGCGACCAUCUCCCCCUCUGGCCGAGAUGUCGCACUGGCCUCACCCGAAGGUUUGGCCAUCAUUGAUCUGGAUUCACCCUACAAUCCUCCUCGUCGCCUCAGCAGUCAUGGGUUGCCGUGGCUGGUCACUGACGUCCAGUGGUCACCGUUUGCGGCUCGCGACUACUGGGUUGUCUCCACGGCGAACCAUCGUGCAUUGGUGUGGAAUCUGAACCUCAGGGACGACUCGAGCUCCGGUGCGAUCGAGCAUUCGCUCCAGGGCCACAGCCGCGCCAUCACCGAUAUCAACUUCUCUGCGUAUCAUCCGGAUCUGCUGGCCACAUGCGCCGUCGACGGCUAUGUACACUGCUGGGAUCUACGUCGCCCGAGACAGCCAGUCUUGACCUUCUGUGACUGGUUUGCCGGCGCCACCCAGGUCAAGUACAACCGACAGAACCCGCACAUCCUUGCCUCAUCCCACGACCGCUGGCUGCACAUCUGGGACGAGCGCAAAUCCUACGUGCCUUUAAAGUCGAUCAGCGCCCAUACCUCUAAGAUCUACGGCCUCGACUGGAACCGCACGAGAUCAACCAGUCUCGUGACCUGCUCACUAGAUAAGAGCAUCAAAUUUUGGGACUACGCCAAUGACGAUGACAACCCCGAACGGGUCAUUCGAACCGAGUUUCCCGUGUGGAGGGCCCGUCAUGUGCCCUUUGGCGAGGGCGUGCUCGCCAUGCCGCAGAACGAUCCGGGCGACCUUUAUCUAUACAAAGCGCACCAGAACCCCAGUGCGCCAACGGACGCAGCCACGGAACCGGUCGCUGUCUUCCCUGGACACGGGAGUCACAAGGCAAAGGAGUUUUUGUGGCGUACCAGAGGAGGAAUCAGCGAGCAGGGAAUCGACAAUAGGGACUUUCAGCUUGUCUCAUGGGGAGAGGAUAAUGAGUUGCGACUACAACGGAUGGAUGCGGCAACUCUCGAGUCGGUUGGCUACAGAAAGGGAAUGCCAGCCAAGAAGAACCUGACGCUGACACGCAAGGGCGCCACGUACAAGACUUUCCGGACAGUAGAGGACAUCGUGAACCGCGACCGCCGAAGUGCUACGAUGAGCGACCCCCGUCCAGGAAGUGGUGGGACACAGUAUCGGCAAAGCGCCUUGACAAUAAGCAUGCGGACAUCUUCCUCGGUGCACAGCAAACUAGGAUGGAAAGGCCCGUCGAUGAAGGCCAAGAGCAUACAUCGAAAGAUGGAUCGAAGCCAGGCCCACAUCGGCUGGAUGAAGGGAAUCACCAUGACGAAGAAGAAACAUUCAUCCAACACGCCACGCGGUCCUGACGCGAGACCUCCGAACGUCUUCAGCCCUGGAUAUCCCGACGAUGAUAAAUGGGGCGAGCCGGAGACGAUACAAGAUGAGUUUCUUCGCGUCAGCACCCAGCUACCAAAGGUCAAAUGGGACCACAUUGACUGGGACGCCCUCACCCUCAAUGCAUCCCUCAAUGGGCCCUGGGGAAGAGAUGGGGAGACCAUCUUCCUCAAGGUCAAGGUUGACAUACCGACCAACUAUCCGAAGACGAGGGCGCCAAAGUUCUUUGUGGAGAAGACAAGCUUCAUGCCUGCCGAGACGCACAGGAGAAUCGAACACGAAGUCCACCAGCUGGCACACCAGUUUCUGGACCGCAAGCAAAACUGUCUCGACGUGGCUUUCAGCUACCUCCUUGGAGAGGUCGAUCUAGAGACCAGCACGACGUUUUUCAAGAACGUCAAGGACCUCGACGACCCCAUGGAUGGGCUCGCCGACGACAGCUCAAGUGAGGACAGCGAUAACGACAUACCGGCGGGCGGCUCGGCGUCCAUGUCCCAGGACCUGACCGCCAGUACGGAGAUCGACAAUACCCUGGCACCAAACAACCGACCAGUGAUCCCGCCUCUGCCCAGAUUCUGUGGUGCCCGUUUCGCGAGCGAUGGAAGGCUGGUGUGCUUCUUCCCUACGAAAGAAGAAAAGGCAAAAGCCUUGAUGUUCAUACCACCCGAGUCAAUGAAGGAGCGUCCGAAAGGCGAGCCUGUCUUUGCCUCAUUUGGUCGCCUGGGGCACGACUCGCCACCCCGGCGUUAUGGCAACGACGAGGCCUCUGCGACGGAGGAGCAGUCCGAUUCGGACGAGUCUGAAAGCUCGUCUUCUUCGAGCGGCUCAGAAUCAACGUCCAUGCACAAAAUGAAUCUGUGGUACCAACCGCGACAGCGGUUCAGGAGGACUUGGAGCGAGAAUCGUUCGGUGCGCUCCAGCGGCGGAGGUACCGGCGUGGGCACCGGAACCGGCACUGGGUCGCUAAGGAGAAGACCCGGGGGCAAACCUCGGAACAUAAUUACUCUCCAUGAUCUUUCAGAAAUCCUGCCCGCUAAGAGAACUCUCGCACGAGAGUAUGCAAUCUUUGGCGACGGAGCCGAAGUGUGCGAGCAGAAUGCCAAGGUGGCCGAGAAGUACGGCCACGUCGAUCUCAUGAGUGUAUGGCGCUACCUUGGUCUCUUGCUGCGGAGAGAUAUUCCGCUCGAGCCUCUCGACCACGAUCAGCGCGACGAUUCCAUCCUCGUCAUUGCGCGAACCACAGUCGCACGACAUCGCGGUGACGCUUCGCCAGGCGGCACGGGUCAACCUACCACGAACCUCAGCGGCCGGGUUAAAUGGGGUAAUCACCCCUUGGCGAAAGACUUCAUCAACAAGCUCCUCGACUUUUACGAAAGGACGGCCGAUAUCCAAAUGCUGGCCAUGCUGUCGUGCAUAUUCAGCGAGUCGUCCGCUGAAGACCCGGUGGCGUACGCUGAAUCUCGCCUGACGCAACCUGAGACUCCACUGCCCAUGAAGGCACCAUCCUUUUCAUUGGACUACUUCCCGACAGAUGCCUCUCUAUGGGCAUUGAACGGGCGAAGCCACAGCAACUCGGCGAUCACCACGCCAAGGACCAUCCACACACCUAUUCAUUACUCGGGCUCUCAGGGUUCGGAGGACAUCCUCUGGGCCGGCGAUCCGGGCUCGAAUUCGUACUCUUGUGGGGAGACUCCGCCAACCAAGGGUCGAGAGCAACACCUCGACCCGGAUCAGCCGCGAAGCCAAAACCAGAGCCAGGCGCCGAGCCUCUCGACUUCCCCCAGUGGUCGCAUGGUGUCCAGGGUGAACUCUGGACUGACUUCCAGCUUCGCCAUCAACUUUCCCCGCACAUUCGCGGUCGGCAUGACGGUGGCCUCUUCACCGCCACACCAGAACAAAAAGCGACCAAGUCCUGCCGAGACGAUAUUAAGCACGCUCGCGCCCAAUAACGCGAUUGCCAAUGUCACAUGGGGCGGCUCGACCGUUCUGGGAGAUACGGGCACUGCGCGAACGUCGGUAUCGGACGACGAGGGCUUCAGGGAAGAGUCGACAUCGCUAGUGCCGAUAGGGGUGACGGUCCACAUGGAAGACCAGACAAUUUUCGACGACGAUGGUUGGAUGUCGACGCCACUACUGACACCAGGUCGCAGCGACAUGUACGCCGUGUAUCGAUAUGCCUACGCUGAGAUCCUCCAAAUGUGGAACCAACCGCUCGCGAGGCUCGAGAUUAUGAAGUUCAACACGCUCAAGGAGGACUUUGACUCCAGAGCAGAUCGCACCAGCCUACACGAUUCCUUCAGCGUCCAUGAUAACACGACGCUUACUUCGCACCACGGCGUGCCUAAUCACCAGCUGCAUGGGCCUUCCCCCAUUCUUCUUGGGCGCAAGGAUCAGCUUCAAUCUCUGAUUGCGUCAGAUCGCGGCCUCGACGUCACAGGCAUCUGUCGGAUCCACGAGAUGCAACUCGAGUCGCUCAAGUAUACGACGGCGUUUGCGACACGGCUGGGCGGGGCGGUCGGCGUGUGCGACAGAUGUCACCGCACGCAGGCGCAGCUUCUUUGCGUUUUCUGCCACGAGCCGGUCGACGCGCUAUUUUUGCCGUGCCUCGGCUGUGGAUGCGCAAGCCACGAGUCGUGCCUCGCCGAGUGGCACGCGCAGGGCGAGCAGCUGUGCCCAGCGGGCGACGAGUGCAACUGCGUCGAGGAGGCGGCGAACGGCCAGGUCGAGUCGUGGGCAGCCAUCAUGGCGGCGGUGCGCAAGGGAGGUCACCAGCGGGCGCCGUCUUUGGAGGCCACAUCGGCAUCGUCGAUGUUGCCGGCGUCCGCGCUCGAGGUGACGAGGGGGCCGGGCCACCACCUCCAUCACUCGGACAGCGAGAAGGGAUGGGAGAGCGUCGUGUCGAGCGAGGGCAUUCCGAGUCGAAUGCAGGGGUUCGGCGGGAGACUGGUCAAGGGCGUCGAGCAUCAGACGGAGAGAUGA